AUGGUACAGAAGAUCGAAGGUGAGGAGGAGAGCCCGAAGAUCGCCUCGGCGCCUCCGAGGCAACCACAUCCUCUCAAGAACGUAUGGACUUAUUGGUACCUCAACGACGAACGCAACUCCAACUGGGAAGACCGUUUGAAGAAGGUCUGCUCGGUCAACACAGUCGAGGAGUUCUGGGCUCUGCAGAACAAUAUACGCCCACCAUCAUCGCUUGCGUCCACAUGCGACUACAACUUUUUCAAGGAGGGCAUCCAGCCGAUGUGGGAGGUGCCAGAGAAUCUGCACGGCGGCCGUUGGCUGAUCAACAUUGACAAAGGAAAGUCUGGUCAGGUCCUGGAUCUGAUCUGGCUGGAGAUCAUCCUUUCAAUGAUCGGUGAGCAGUACGGCGACGACAUGGAGAACAUUUGCGGUCUCGUCUGCAACGUGCGGAACAAGGGUCACAAGAUCUCGAUGUGGACGCGCCAACAUAACGACGAUGAAUCGAACUUGCGCAUCGGCAAAGUCAUCGCCCGGGUAUUGAACAACGCACGGCUUCCCGAUGGCGUUAACGGCCCUCAGCACCUUUUCGACGUUCUCCGCUACGAAGACCACAAUUCGUGCCAAAAGAAGUCUGGCUCUACCGUCAAGCCCAAGCUCACCAUCUCGGCCGUGGAAGAGCUGGUCAAGAAUGACGGCAAA